AUGAAGGAGAUGCUGGUGGGAGAGGAGCGCAACGCUCGAGUCAGGCGAGCGUGGCGGAAGCGAACAUGCGAUUGGGCGCAGGAUUCGAAGGCUGUUGAGCGUAUUGGGAAAAAUGCGCUUUAUUUUGGGUACAAACCCGACGGAAACGGAGUGUUUAUGUUCUGGGAUAGCGAUAGGGCGUAA